AUGACCUCUGCCAACUAUUCCAACCCGGACUCCCUGGGUGAGCUGUCCAUGCUGAUGGAGCGCACUCUACUGGAUACGGGACGACUCUUCAGGAAAAAUGGUUCAAUCCCAUCAAGCACACAUCUGCAACGAUCCAUCCCCUCCUACUAUGAGAGCUUUCAGUCGGCCCUGGAUAAUCUCUCAGAGCAAAUUUUUAUCGCCAAGGCCUUCUUGGAAAAAGACUAUGAAGCUAUCAAGGCCCGGGAGACCGCGCCCCAGCUUACGGAGGAUGUGGCAAUGAACGAUGCGGAUCUGAAUAUUCCACCACAGGUGCAACCACCACCACCAUCACAACCUAUCGCAAAAUCCCCAAGUCCUGAAAAAGUGGACCUGAAAGAGGAAGAACCGACAGUGACAGAGCCGCAAGUAGCCCCCACCGCCACCAUCCCGGAGCCUCCGCCGAAGGAGGAAGUAACGGUGAAGGUGGAAAAUGAACAGGGUGCUAGCGCGCCGACCGAUCAAGGAUUGGCAGAGACCCAGGAGAUCAAUUUCGAUUCCGUUCUCAAUGAUACUGGAGGCGCCAACACCUUCGACCUCAAUCUUGACUUUGGAAACGAUGACACGGGCAAUCAAGCCUUCCUUUCUGGAACGACCUUUGGCAAUGCUGAAAAGCCCAACGUUUCAAUGCCGGCGGAGAAUCCGAUGGAGAAUACAACCCCCCACGCCCGCUGGCGGGGGACGGAUGGAGACACCAAUCUAUUCCCCGAGCAAGGCGCCGGUACCGACGAUAUCAUGGGUCCUGGGGAAUCCAGCUUCGACGACUUGUUCAUGGAAACGGAGAAUUUUGGAGAGGGUGGAGACUUAAACCAAUUGGAAGGGGAUAGUUUGAUGAACAUUAGCGAGCUGGACGACAACUGGUUCUCUUGA